ACGUUGUUAUUGUCAUCGUUUUACGCGAUGCAUCGGUGCUUCUGAAAUGUUGUUAAAUGCCACGGUAAUUACAGAUUAAUACAUUGAGUUCUGUAGUAUUAACUCCAUGGAGGUACUCGAGACAAUUGUGAUACAAAGUACUGAAGUUGAAGGAAAGGAAACUGUCGUGUCUAGCGUGGACGUCGAUAAAGCCAAAGCUGAAUUUAUAUGGACCCUGCAGGCUACAUGGCACCUUGUCAACACCAGACUUGAAAUGGACCAGGCUUUUGAUCAGCCAGUGUGCAAGAAAAAGAAACUUUGGGAGAUGGUGGCAGAGAAAGUGAACGCCAAACUGCGGGAGUCAGAAGUAACGAAUGUCACAGUGAAGGCCUAUGAGUGUGACCUCAAGUGGAGAAACUUGCUGGCAACUUACAGGAAGAAUGCUGAGAGGGCAAAAAGGCUGGGGGUGAACAGCGUCCACUGGGAGUUUUUCAAGGCCAUGCACGAGGUCCUGGGUAAGAGCAGGGAGGACGUCGAAGCCCAGCGAAGGGCAAAGCUCAGUGGGACCAGAGUGGGCAAUGCCAUGGCCAGCAAGAGGUUUACCCCAAUCCUCCCUACACCUCCUGCUACAUCAGCUGCUCCCUGCUCGGCCCGGCCGCCACAAGACGUCCUGCAGCUUUAUAUGGAGCUGCAAGAGAGGAAGAUGAACAUGUGGGCUCAGCAGAAAGCCCUGGAGGAGAGGAAGAUAGACGCUAUUAACAACCUGGCCCAGGCUAUCUCCAGCCUGGCUGAGAAGAACAGCAUUCAGAUGUCAAAGGAUGGACAUUAAACCCCAAAAGUUG